GUGAUAUGUGAUAUGUACCCUGUUGACAGGCCAUUCUACGACGAUGACGAUGACGAUGAUGUGAGAUACAUUGAAGGCACAUUUGUAUGCGAAAAAAGCGGGACUUGGAUCACAAAACAAACAUUCUGAAUGGAUUAUCAUACCUACCUAGGUAUGUUGUCGCUGCACUUGAGGUUGCUCCAGUGUGCUUUGGGCUGAACCAACUACUUGCUUGACAUCACCAUUUCCCUUUGAUAUUCCGUUCGUAUGACUGCUUGGCUAUUUGCCCUCUUUUACAUCCGUACAGUGGCUGGCCUUUUUCAAAGCGGGGAUCACGUGAACGUAGGUAUACAUUCAACAAAUGUUGAUGCUGCCUACCUACCUAGGUAGGUACCUAGGUAUAGUUACUUCCGUGUUUAAUGCGAUGAGUUUCUCUAUGCUUUUAUGUCAAUCUUCCCGUGGGAGGCGCUGGUGUGAACGUCACGUGCCAGCUGAGCUUCACAGUGCUCAAGUGCUACAUGCAUCCUACCUAGGUACAUACGAAUUGUGAGCUGGCGCUUGACGAUCCUACACACAGCUAUAUAUCAGUCACAAUAAAGACGCCAAUAAACAGGGCGAUUACCACAAAAGAUUACAUACCUACCUAGGUAGGUAUGUACAUGUACGAGUGCAUCUCAGCCUAUUGGUGCGAUAAGAAGAUUUGCCUACAUGUGUAUAUUGCCCACUGUUCCAAUGAUUGUCGAGACAUGGUGUCCAAUCUCCAGCGCGUAGGAAUACGCGGUCGCCGAAUACGCGGUCGCUUCCUGCCCAAUGAUGGUGUAUUCGUGCAUGCAUGCCUGUGGUUGCAUAAGGCUGAGCAAGGAGCUCUUCACCGGCAUAGCCUUCUUGAUUUCCCCUCCUUCUCCCCCUCUUCACUCUUCCUCCUCUUUUCUUAAUCAUCUCAUUUUGUGAUAUCGUUGCUACUUCUCCCGUCAUUUGAUACGAGUCAUUGAUACACACACACAAAUUUGCAGUUCCGAAACAUAACCUCCAGUGUCCUAGGAAACAGCAACGAUCAUGUCUGAUGUAGGCAGCGUGGUUGGCGUACUUUCGCUGUCCCUACAACUCCUCCAAAGCCUCCAAAAAUACUACACCGAAUUCCGCUCCUUUCACUCCGACAUCGAUGCCCUUAUCAACAGAGCCGAGCGCCUCGAAUCCAUUCUCCACAUUCUCGAAAAACCUGUCCAGAAGCUCUGGAAAGAUGACGAUGAGCUGUCAGAAGAAGUAAAGAAAUGCAUGGAAGUCUGUGAGAAGGUCGUAGCGCGACUCAGAGCCUUCCAGCAGAGAUGUGGGGAGAUUGAUCACCGCCCUGAGACGCUUCGAAAGAAGAUGGUGCUAGUGAAGAAUAGGGCUCUGUGGCCUUUUCGAAAGGAUACAUUGAGAGAUUUACAUGUGGAGUUGGGGUGGAUGAUGGAGGGUUUGAAGGUUGUUCUGCAAGCUCUUGGACUGGAGACUUCCGUCGAGCAACAUAAUGAGGUCAUCAACCAAACCUCCACGAUUCGAAAUGAUAUGUCUCUUGUUCGCUAUCAGCAAGCCUACCAAACCGAGCUGUUGGAGACUAUCAACCGAAAUUCCGAAAAUCAAGCGAGUUCUAACUCUCGUCACUUCUUCAGAACAGAGGCCCAAUUAAAUAUGCAGUCAAUGCAGCUCUUGAGUAUCUAUGAGAAGAUCGAUGACCUCGUGUCAACCGUGGGUCAGGUCCUUCCCAGAUCGCACUCAUCGCUUCCAUCGCCCCAAGAGCUGCGCAAUCCAUGCGACCAGUACAUGCAUAUCGUAAGAACUACUCAAGAAGCCAACAAUGUAGCCGAUAUUACUCGAGAGACACAAGAAACGAAACAAAUGCUCAAGUGCACGUGUACCAAAGCCUUGCGAAGAAGUGGAAGGACGCGACAAACAAGCUGGCUAUCUGUCUAUUUCGCGGAGCAGUACGAUCAUCCACCACCUUGCCGCUUUUCAAUGCCUUCGCAACGAAAAAGAAUAGCAGGACUUCGAUUGAAAUUAUGUCGAGGCGCCCUCGGUUAUCUCAUCGAAGCGAAUUUUGCCUGGUCAAAAUACUCAAUUAGCCUUUCUCUCACAGCCCGUAACAUUGUGUCUCAAUCAAGUCCUGCAUUUGCACUCCUCGAUGUAUUCCAGAGCACUGUUUCUAUUUUGAUGGGGAACCCACAAGAAGUCUCUUCAGCAAAUAGUAUUAUUGGUAUUGUGGAGAAGACUAAUCAAUCGCUUUUGCAAUUGUUACAAAAGCGGGAAGCAAGCGUGCAGGACGUGACAGAAAUUCACGGUACUUGGGCUCAUGGUUACCUAUUUCAUCUGGGACGCAUUCUGUCUUCAUCACCCAUCCAUACCAGGCUACUCGCAUGCAUUCUCUCCACAGUUUCGUUUAUCCGGGAUCUGGGGUUCGUCAUGAACGAGAGGGAUAUAUCCGAUCGAACUACAAUGGAUAUGUUUUUGUUUGGGCUGGUUCGCUGGAAUAAUUCCACAGCUCUACACUUGAAAUCUAUCCCCUGGAAAACGGCUUUCAAGGACGUGGAAUUUUCGACCAAAUAUCUCGAAAACCUAGGCGAUCACAACUUGAGAACUUUGAUAAAGUCAAAUACAGGAAUCGAUCAGCUUCUGUUUCACAUCGGAGACAGCGAACUCGAAUCUGGCAAGUGGUCAUCUGCUAAGACACAGGGCAUACCCCUAACGAUUUUAGAUUGCACCGAUGGUCCUCUGAAUCAAGCUGUAAUGAAAAGAUCAAAACCAGCGCUACAGGUGGCACUAGAUUCCGGGCAGAUCACGAGAGUUCAUCCUGUAGUCACGUGGCAAGUGCUGCAAUGGCCAGAUGCGCUCGAGCUGCUUCUCCACCAUGAAACUGCGCAGAAUAUUCGACUGGAAAUUCUAGAAGUGGCAGUAUACUGUGAGCAAAUAGACGUCGUGAUUAAAUUGCUAGAAAGUGGUACAGUAGCACUUGAACCAUCCACGUACCGUGACGCCGUUCGCACGGAGAAUAUGGAUUUCAUGAAAAUUAUCGCAUCAGCUCUGUAUGACUCUCGAAACGCAGAGACUAGCUCAGCCCAUGAAGCGCGCUAUGAGGCUCAACUGUACACAGCUAUAUAUGACUGCUCGAAUUUUCUGGAAGCCGCCACGAUACUUUUUGAGGCUGGCUUCAACAAUUUUCAUGCUGAUUUCUUUUGGGAAACUGUGGUCAGUAUAUCAGGUUUUUGGUAUACAAAAAAGUAUACGAUGAUUUGGAACUGGAUGAUCCGCCAUGGAUUGGAUAUUACCGCAAUACACUCUGUUUCUAAGCUAAUUCCUGCGCAUAUGAUUGCCGAGACAGCAGUGCUAUGCGUCUUGGGUUCCGAAAAACUCUCCUCUUACGAGAUAAACGACGAGACUACCAGGCACCUUGGCGGUAACGGCUGCUCCGAGUAUGACACAUAUACACUAGCGCUUUAUGAGAUGGCCUGCGAAGCUCUGGAAUCGAAUGUCGUAGAUGAGUGCGUAUGCCUUUGUGCCGACAGCGGUUGCACGAUCGUUAGCUCGUCAUUUAAAGGAGUACACCGGAUGCGAAGUCUAGGCGAUCCGAGCAGCCACUUGAACAAUCUGAUAGACGGGUUCCGUGUGGUUUUGGAACAUAACCACUCGCUGCCGCGGAGUGAUUCGUUUUUCCAAUCUGCCAUAAGAAGUUUGACUUUCAACUCGUUGAGCCUAACCCAUACAUGUCACAACUACGACUACCGCAUCUACGACUUCAAUACAGGAAGAGCAAUUUUUGACAUGAGCCUAAAUAUCCUGGAUAAGCCAAUGUCAGAGGAUGAAAUUCAAGACAUAAGAUAUACCGAACAACAAGACAUCGGAGUUUUUGAGGAUCUCCUGGAGAAGUUUGAUUUGAUGUGGGUUGAUUAUGAAGGGUCCAUCAUGGAUUUUGUUGUGAAGGAAUGGUAUCCUCAUAUGGAAGAGGUUCUUAAAGAGAGAGAUGAAAUCGAGGUGGAAGACGAUAAGACGGCAUUAGAACAGAUCGGCGUGGUCAUACAAGGUUGUGACUCACAACCAGCGCAGCCUGCCCAGGAGAGAGACAUAGGUCCGAAGUAUGGUUCAUUGGAUUGGUUCGACCAAACAGUUCAAAAGAUCCUAGAUGGCACAUACACCGAGAGAGAUCUCCUGUACUACUACUGGGAGUAG